AUGGCACCCAUUGGCCGGCUAGCAGCGCUACUCGUUUGCUUCUUCCUCCUAUACGUGGCCGCCCCGUCGUCGGCGUCCGGCCACGGCUUCCUCCAGUGCCUCACCACGAGCAUCCCCAGCGAUCUCGUGCUCACGCAGAAAUCUCCCUCGUUCGAGCCGGUCCUGGUGUCCUCCAUCAGGAACGCCAGGCAGCUGGGUCCGGCGAAGGCGAGCCCUCCGCUGGCCAUCGUGACCCCGACCACCGCCUCCCACGUCCGCUCCUCCGUGCUCUGCUCCGUCCGCCACGGCGUGCGGAUCCGGGUGCGCAGCGGCGGCCACGACUACGAGGGCGUCUCCUACCGCUCCACGUUCUCCCACGAGCCCUUCGCCGUGCUCGACCUCUUCAACCUCCACUCCGUCCGCGUCGACGCGGCCGCGGCCACCGCCUGGGUCGACUCUGGCGCGUCCAUCGGGGAGCUCUACUACGCCAUCGCCAAGGCGGCCCCGGGGCUCGCGUUCCCGGCCGGCGUGUGCCCGACCAUCGGCGUGGGCGGGCACUUCAGCGGCGGGGGCAUCGGGCUCAUGAUGCGCAAGUACGGGCUCUCCGCCGACAACGUCAUCGACGCCACCAUUGUCGACGCCACCGGGAACCUGCUUGAAGGCAAGGCGGCCAUUGGAGAGGACCUGUUCUGGGCCAUCCGCGGCGGCGGCGGCGGGAGCUUCGGCAUCGUGUUAUCAUGGAAGGUGAGACUAGUGCCGGUCCCACCCAAGAUCACCUUCUUCGACGUCGGCAAGACCAUCGAGCAGGGCGCCGCCGGCGUGCUCACAAAGUGGCAGACGGUGGCCCCGGCGCUCCCCGACGACCUCAGCAUCCGGGCGGUCGUCCUGAACCGGACGGUCAGAUUCCAGGGCCUCUACCUCGGACCCCAACACGAGGCCCUCAGGAUAACCAACGACAAGCUCCCGGAGCUCGGAGCCACGGCCAAGGACUCCCGGGAGCUGAGCUGGGUGCAGUACACGGCGUACAUCUACUUCGGCGACACGGCCACGCCUCUGGAGGCGCUGCUGAACCGGACGUUCCCCGUGGGCUCGUUCCUCAAGCACAAGUCGGACUACGUGAAGACGCCCAUCCCGGAAGCCACGUGGGAGAAGAUCCUCUCCUGGCCCUUCGGCGGCGCCACGGACGGGCAGAUCAUCCUGGAGCCGCACGGCGGGAGGGUCGGCGCCGCCGUCCCCGAUGACGAGACGCCGUUCCCGCACCGGGCCGGCGUGCUCUACAACAUCCAGUACGUGGAGGUGUACCCGGCGAACCUCAGCACGAGCCCGCCGAGCUGGGUCUCAGGGCUGUAUGAUUUCGUGGAGCCGCUGGUGAGCAGCAAUCCGAGGAGUGCCUACGUCAACUACCGGGAUCUCGACAUCGGCGUCAACAAGGACGGCGUGGCGAGCUACGAGAGCGCCAAGGUUUGGGGGGAGAGGUACUUUGGGGCGGCCAACUUCUUGAGGCUCGCCAGAAUCAAAGCCAAGGUGGAUCCUGAGAACCAUUUCCGCCACGAGCAGAGCGUGCCGCCGCUGCUCAAUUAUUAG